UCGUUUCUCGGUUUUCCCGCACGCGCCCCGCGUCGGCUGGCGACCCUCUCGCUGCCACUGCUGCCACGCUAUACCAAGCCAUACUGGGACUGGGAGACCCCGGACUCCGGAAUGUGGGGCCGUGGGGCCCAUGAUCCUGAUCCUCACCAAUCCCCGGCUACGCACGCCGGGCUCAGCUCAGGGCUCUGGGGUUUGGGGUUGGGCCCGGCCCGGCCCGGCCCCCGGCACCGGCAGUCAGUCCAGUCGUAGUGCGGCACUCGAAGUGGAAAGAUACCCAGCUGCUCUGAGGACGAAGCCUCUCCUGUUUGUCAGAGCAACCGGACCCAGCCACCUAAGAUCAUGGAGCAACUGCCGGACGACGUGCUGGCCAUGGCCAUGUCGCACCUGUCCGUGAAGGACCUCUUGGCGUGCCGCCUCGUGUGCAAGCGGCUGGCGGGCCUGGCCCAGCACCCCGACGUGUGGCGGCAUCGAUCCAUCACCGUCCACGUCGACGCCGGUCCCAUGUCGUGCCAGGAGCUGCGCCUGGCGCCGUGCGCGCGCGAGAUCUGGACCUCUGUCCCGGAGGCACCGGCGGCGUGUCGCCACGGCGACCUGCGGACGACGUCUUGCGCCGCCAGUGAGUUGGCGAUCGUCGUGCUGGACGUCGGGCUCGAGCACGUCGCGAAAGCCGUCCGGAUCGUCAAACAGCAGGUGGCGCUCGGGCGGCUGCGGGGCGUGAGCCUACGCCUGAGCGACAGCAGCGUGGUGCUACAUUCCUUCAUACUGCCUGAAGACGCCAUCGACUUGCUGUUUUGGACGCUGGCCUCAACCCCCGGCCUGGAGAUGGCCAGUCUCGGCGGGGACCUGGGCAAAAGGACGCGGGUCCCGCCCGGGACCGGUCAGCGCGGCACCAUCACGCCGUCCUUGAAGACUUUCAGCUGCGACGUGGUCCCCCGGCCGGAGCACUUCUGCGACUACAUGCUGGCCGGGCACGCCGCGACCUUGGAGGUGGUCCACUUCAUCCGUUCCGUGGUGUUCUCCGGGGCCCAAAUCGCCGCGCCCCUGACCUCGCCGUCGACGGCGCGCCUGCUCGCCGGCAUGCCCAAGCUCCGCGUGCUGAGCUGCCCGCUGAUGCCGGGUCUGGGCGAGCUGGCGGCGUGCGCGUCGCUCAGGGAGCUGGACCUCACCGCGCGGCGCAGCACACAGGCCGACGGCCAGGGUGCCUUGGAGCUCCUCCGUCACGCUCUCCAGAUCCGCUCCCUUCGCCUCCACUUCCCUUUACCACAUGACGACGACGAUGGGGUUGACGGCAGUGAAUUCGGCGCAGAGCUGAUAAGUGAACUCACGUCGUCCGGACGCUCCCAAGUGGAGACGCUGUCCAUCGACGUCAUGGACUCUCAAACCCUCCUCGUGCCUCACCUGGCGGUCCGGCUGCCCUCGCUGCCCGCCCUGCGACACCUCGUGCUCAGAGUGGUGGACCCAGCCCCGCUGGUGGACGCCAUCAGCCCCCUGACCGCCCCGGCCCUGCGGAGGGUCCAGAUACUUGAUGAUUAUUCUGCGUCUCGCAUGUGCUCUCACGAGUUUCUACACAGUAGGGCGCUCGAUGCGCUUCUGUCGAGGAACCCCUUGCUUCACGUCGAGGUAGAGUACACCUCCUUUGGCGAAUACGAAAACACGGAACUGAAUGAAGAUUAUGAUGACCAGUGCAAAGCGUGUCAACUGAACUGCCACAAAGAACUUGAGGAAGAUAAUGGCGGAUUCGUCGGCGUUUUCGCGCACCCUACAGGCAAGUGUCCUUCCCCAGAAGACCACGCACGCUCUGAUUGCCAAUGGAUUCAGAUCAACGAUGUUCAACCCAAGUAUUGAUUUAUCAUUUCUGUACAAUGAAACAUUUCGUGCAAAUUUGACAUAAUUGAUUUUGCUCAGCAUAUCAAUCAAUGAAGAAACGCAUAUUAAAUUGCUGUGUAAUUUUUGAUGAUUUUUUUUUCUUUGUUUGGCCGACCAACUCCUUUGGAUUUGAUCACGUUUCAACAGUAUGCCGCCAGCCACUAGGCAGCAAUAGCUUAUGCUCAGCCGGUUCACUGGCGAGUAUUAUAGGGUA